CGCAGCACGGCGAGCGGAGCGCGCCGCUGCAGAGCCGGUGAGCGGCGAAGGCCUGCGGCGUACGGCGGGACAGUGACUGGUGGUGGCGCUGAGCGGCAGCAGCAGUGACUGGUCCGAGAGCGUCCACGUCUUGGGCCGUGACGACGACCUGACCUGGUGUCCGUGCGUGACCCAGCCGUGACCGGUGACCCGGUCACGAGCGCGCCCGUCCGAGGGCCUGUGUAACCUGAGGAGCUGGACGCUCCUCGCAGCUGGCGCCGCAGCCAUGGCGUACAGAAACCCGCGCCCCCAUCCGCCGUAUGAAGAGAUAGAGGACCCGUACUCGGGACGUCCUCGCGGCGGACAGAGAGGGUCAGAGGCGCGUGAGGAUAAAACUUACGACUUCCUGCCCAUACACCGUCCGGGAAACUCCAAGAGAAACGCAUCCAACGAGAUGGUGAGCCGUCGCCGCAUCCUGAGUCGGUCGCGGGACGACCUGAACCUCGAAGCCGCCUAUCAGGAGGAGGAGGACGACGUCUGGUACAAGAAGGAUAAACUGCACAGUGACCAUAUCAGGGAGGUCCUCUCAAAAUGGGACUCGAUCGACGAUGAAAUCUGGGCCAAGAUCAUUGUGUUCGAGAGGAACCGUCGCGUUGCGAAGGCCUACGCUCGUGUCGGCGUGCUCACUAUACACGGGUCCGACGUAGGAUUCGACGGUAGCAAGAUCGGUUUGUGCGGCUUCGACAACCCACUGCGGGACCCCAAGGUCGAGGAGGCUAAGCGGUACAUCGGAGGGGGCGUGAAAGUGAAGAUGGACAACGAAGGAAACCUGAUGGUGAAGCGACUGGCCAAGUCCAAUGUGUACGUCCGGUACGCCAACGGCGAAAACGCCGUGGGCUCCGACAUCCUCAAACUGCCGCAGGCGGCGCUGGAGGCCAACAAGGGUCUGGCGCUGUUCGACCUGAAGAAGUUCCACCAGAACGUGAACCGAGAGCUGAAGAGGCAGUACCCGGACCGUACCCGGCUCGAGAACCAGUGCAUGACCUCGCUGGCGUUCGUCAAGAACGACGACGACCUCCUCAACUGCCCCUGCUGGGUGCUCAUCAUCAACAUCGUUGCGCUUGACAUGCUCAAGGGCAAGCUGAUGCCAGCCUCGAUACCGCCGGCUGUGUCGGCUCCGGCGGGUUCGCGGAGCCGGAUCCCGAUCCCAGACGAGGAUCCGUACAGCUUGGCCGGCUCGGGCGGCAGCUCCGGCUCCUCCGGCAAGCAGGGACGCUCCGAGAGGCCGCCCAAACUCCCGCCCAGGGACACGGACCGACCCAGCCGCAGGGAUAACGCGGAGUAUGGCGAAGACACAGACGACGCGGAGCCGGCCCAGAACGGUGGCGUCGGCGGCCUGCGGGCCCGACUUCAGUCGUCGCGGAGUAAAAACAAAAAGGACAGGAAGAAGGGCGAUGAGCUGUACUACGGCGGAUUCCAGGCUCGCAUCCCCAACUUCGCCAAGUCCAAGCACGGCAGGGAGGACCCGCGCGCCUACAUGGCGGGCCCCCAUGGCGGUGUGCCCAUGCCACACCCAGCCAUGUGGCACAGCCGGAGCUACGAGAGCGGCAUGGGACGCAUGCAGUAUGUGUCCAUGCCUAACAUCCAUCGGAUGUCACAAAUACAAAACCCGAUGAAUUUCGUUCAGCCCAUGGCCUUGCACCAGGAGAUGGAGAAGGUCGACUCGCCGUACAGUCGGAUGCCCAACUGGAACCCGAUCCACGGUCGGCUGCCGCCCUCCUUCCAGCAGCGGCGCGCCAUGUACGUCUCCAACUGGCAGUGAGGCAGACGUGGCGCAGUGGCGGCGAGCGAGCGCCGAGCGGCGGCCGGCGCUGGACGGCGAGCGCCCGAGACGCUUGUUAAGGCUGGCCGGCGCAGCAGCGGCGGUGUAGGACUCGUCCGUGGAUGUGAUACAGCGCCCGCUGAAUCCAGGAGCGGGGGUCGCCGGCGGCGCGGUUCGCAGCGGUGGGAGCGGACCGGUGCCCCCGGGGCGGGGGCGGUCCCGGCCACGAGCGCCGCGCCGCGCCCCGCGCUCGUACCGUCAGUCAGAGGCGCGGCCGGCAGAGGGCAGUGGCGAGUCGCCGCACCGCGUGCGAUAUUUCACGAUCGGUUUCGUGUUACCAUUUGUAAUGGUGUUCUUCCCUUGGAGUGUUGUUUUUUGGUAGAUUUAAGUCUUCCGGAUUUAUAUAUCGAGAUGUCGGUGCGAGUGGCAGUCCGUUUACGUGCGAGGUAUUGUAGGGUCGAUGCGUGAUGAUGAUGAUUGUUGCUGGCUUGCCACUAGUGCGCACCGCGCGGUGCCUGCUGAAGGGCUGAUAAGAUGUGAGCUUUGGUGAUGAGAAGCGUGUGAAAGUCAAACCGAGUGCUCAGCCUGGUAUUCCUGGGCCAUGCGUGACUUGACCACGCAGGCGUAUGGCGUGAGAUGUUCACGCACCGCCUGGCCACUCACGCCGAGGUUUCAAAACUGAUAUUAACUCGCCCAGUUUGAUCUGGGAUGUCUGCGCUCAUCACUCCGCCACCGGUUUGGCGUUUUCUCUCGUGACGGCGAGAGCGUGCGCAAUUGUGCGAGUCGUACUGCCCGUAAACAGUCACCCUCGUGCGUGUUUUCGUGAUGGGCAAACGGGGGGGGGG